AUGGCUCUGCUCUCUUUGCAACCCCCGGCUGUGUUCCUGGAUUGUCCAGGCGAACCGAAAAUUCCAUUUGCUGCGUGGAAAAAGUUGUUCGAUAACUACUUGCUUGCGAUCAGGGGUAAUGAUUUCACUACGGAGAGGAAGAGGGCCCUGCUCAUUCACUGCUUGGGAACGGAGGGACAACGAAUCUACAGCGCCUUGCCACUCGCUACGGAUGAUUACGAGGGAUCCGUAAAGGCUUUGGAAACGUACUUUCAUCCUAAAGUCAAUGUUGUCGCCGAGAGAUACCGCUUCAGGCAACGAGCCCAAGCUGUCAGUGAGUCUACAGAUCACUACGUUGCAGCACUGCGUGAGCUCGUGAAACAAUGCAAGUUCGGGGCUAUGGAAAAUGAAAUGUUGCGGGAUCAACUUGUAGAGAAGACAAAUAAUGCUCGUAUAUGUGAAAGACUGCUAAUGGAGGAGGAUUUGACGCUUGAUAGAGCUUUGGAAAUUGCUAGGCGUACAGAGGCUGCAAUAGCUGAUGCAAAGGCCAUUGCUGUUGGUGAAACAAAGCCUGUUGCCGCUGUUCAAGAAUGUGAGUCUCCAUCUGCAUUCGGAUGUGCAAAGGACUUUGUACAUAAAGUGAAGGUGCGACCUGAAGUGAAGCCAAUACAACAGAAACUUCGACGCUUACCCCUGUCAGUCCGCGAGGCUGUUUCCGCAGAACUCAAGAACCUUGAGGAACAUGGCAUCAUAGAGAAAAUUGAUGCAUCUGAAUGGGUCUCCCCGAUUGUAGUCACUAGAAGGAAAACUGGUGACAUACGCAUGUGCGUUGAUUUGAGAGAACCUAACAAAGCGGUGGUCGUUGACAGUCAUCCCUUGCCACUGAUAGAGGACAUACUGUCUGAGCUGCGUGGGGCUGUCAUGUUCUCCACCCUGGAUCUUAAAUCCGCCUACCAUCAGCUGAAACUACAUGAAGAGAGUAGAGGGCUCACUGCUUUCAUUACACAUGAAGGACUGUACCAGUACUGCAGAGUCCCCUACGGGUUGAGUUCAGCGCCUGCAGUGUUCCAAAAGAUGAUGACACAAAUCCUACAUGGCCAGAAAGGGGUGCAAUGCUAUCUUGAUGAUGUCAUCAUAUACGGAACUUCAGAAGCCGAACAUGAGGCCAACCUGCGUGCUGUGUUACACAGAAUCAGCAAUGCAGGACUGAAACUCAAUGUUGACAAAUGUCAACUCCGUCAAACUACUCUGAGCUUUCUGGGUCAAAAGAUCGGUCCAGAAGGUCUGCUGCCAGAUGACUCUCAUGUCACUGCUAUCCUGCAUGCUCCGCCCCCUACUGAUCCUGCAACCCUGCGCUCAUUUCUUGGCUUGAGUGCAUGGUACAGCAAGUUUGUGCCAAAUUACGCGACUGUUGUUGAACCUAUGAGAGCUCUUCUGCGUAAGGACUGUUCAUUCCACUGGAACAAAGCAGCUCAAGUAGCAUUUGAUCAAGUCAAGCGGUUAAUCGUGCAAAGCCCUGCUCUGGUGAUGUUCGACCCCAGUAAGCCAACCAUAGUCUCGACAGAUGCCUCAGACUACGGCAUAGGUGCUGUUUUGACUCAACUUGACUGUAAUGAUGCGGAACAGACUGUUGCAUUUGCCUCUCGCAGCCUGUCUGAUGCAGAGAGGAAAUACUCAAUCGUCGAGAAGGAAGCCCUAGCUUGCGUCUGGGCUGCUGAAAAAUGGCGCACAUGGCUCUGGGGCAGAAAAUUCCUCCUACGAACAGAUCACCAAGCACUCACAACACUGCUGACUACUAAGGGCAAUAACAGAGCUGGUCUACGCAUAGCCAGAUGGUCAGCUCGCCUGUUGGAAUUUGACUAUGAAGUGGAAUAUAGAACUGGGUCAUUGAACCAUGUUGCUGACUGUCUUUCUAGGCUCCCACUUCCCGAGACAGACAUGGCAUGUGCAGGGGAUGUGGAGUCAGUUGCAGCCAUCCUCACUGAUCUGAGUGCUGUGUCUGAGGAUGACUUCCAGUCAGCGUGCAAAGCCUGUCCAGUGUUCACAAAGCUCCGUGUGCAGAUACAGAAAGGCUGGCCUGCAAGGAAGACGUCACUGGAACUUGACUUACAGCCGCACUUCCCAAUCCGCCAUGAACUUGCGGUCAUGAACGAGUGCAUUGUCAGAGGUACACAUCGGUUGCUAGUGCCUGAGUCGUUGCAGAAAAAACUCACUGAUAUAGCUCAUGAAACUCACCAAGGCAUUGUACGUACCAAACAACGCCUGAGGGAAUUGUACUGGUGGCCCAAAAUGGAUUGUCACAUAGAGACAAUGAUAAAGAACUGUGCAACAUGCAGACAGAAUGACAAGUCCACUGUCACCCAUGAUGCUCCACUUCAACCCAUUCCUUUCCCAGCUGCCGCUUGGGAAAAGGUGUCUGUGGACAUCAUAGGCCCUUUUGAAAUAGCCCCUUCUGACUGUAGAUUUGCCAUCACAUUGGUAGACUACUUUAGUAAGUGGCCUGAAGUAGCUUUUGCUCCCCGAGCUGAUGCAGCUACUAUCAUUCAGUUCCUUUCUGUAGUUUUCUCUCGUGAAGGGAAUCCAAAGACAUUGAUAAGUGACAAUGGCUCCCAAUUUCUCUCUGCUGAGUUCGCUGACUUCCUCAAAAGCAGGGGAAUCCAACACCUAAGAUCCUGAGUGUAUUACCCAAGAGCUAAUGGGGAAGUUGAGAGAUUCAAUAGAUGCGUUAAAGACUGCCUACAGACUGCCUCGAUUCAAGGACAACCCUGGAAAUCGUUCCUGAGAACUUACCUGAUGGACUA